AUGGCAAGCUUGGCAAGUGUGAAAGAGGCCGUGGUGAUCACUCCCUCCGAGCCAACCCCUUCGUGCGUUCUCAGCCUCUCCGCCGUCGACUCACAGCUCUUCCUCCGCUUCACUAUAGAGUACCUCCUAGUCUACCCUCCCCCCCAAAACACCAACCAGGCAUUAACCGCUACACGUGUCAAGGCAGCACUGGCCAAAGCCCUCGUCCCUUACUACCCGCUGGCCGGCCGGGUCAAGCCCAAACCCGACGGCUCCGGCCUCGAGGUGGUGUGUCGGGCGCAGGGCGCGGUGUUUAUCGAGGCUGUUUCCGACUGCGCUGCCUCCGAGUUCCAACAUGCCCCGCGCUAUGUCACCCAGUGGCGGAAGCUCUUGUCGCUCCACGUGGCAGACGUCCUCAAGGGGGCCCCACCGGUCGUGGUUCAGCUGACUUGGCUCAAAGACGGAGCAGCCGCACUGGGAGUAGGGUUCAACCACUGCGUCUGCGACGGAAUUGGAAGCGUCGAGUUUCUCAACCACUUCGGCGAGCUGGCGGCCGGAAAACAUGGCCUCGGCGAGUUCCGACCAAAUCCCGUCUGGGAUCGCCACCUCAUGGACUCUAAAAGAAUAACUUCACGUCAGCAAAACUGCCCCCCGUUGUUCGACAAAGUCCCAGACCUCUGCGGGUUCAUGAAUCGCUUCAACAACGAAAGACUACGUCCGACCUCGGUUGUCUUCAACAGAACAAACGUAACCGAGUUAAAGAAUCUAGCUCUGUCGACUACUCGACUCAGUAGCGACUCGGGCUUCACGUCUUUCGAGGUGCUGGCCGGUCACGUAUGGAGGAGCUGGGCGAGAUCGUUGAACUUAUCCUCCAACCAAAUAUUGAAGCUUCUAUUUAGCGUGAACGUACGUCAGCGAGUGAAACCGAGUCUUCCGGCAAGUUACUACGGCAAUGCGUUUGUCUUGGGAUGCGCGCAGAGCAGCGUGAAGGAAUUGACAGAGAAGAGGCUGGGGCACGCGGCGGGGUUGGUGAAACGCGCCAAGGAGAGAGUGGGGGAGGAGUACGUGAGGGGGGUGGUGGAGACGGUGAGCGACGAGAAGAAGGCGAUUCCGGACUCGGUUGGGGUGCUGAUAGUGUCGCAGUGGUCAAGGUUGGGCCUGGACAGGGUUGAUUUCGGUAUGGGCAGGCCCGUCCACGUAGGGCCCAUAUGCAGCGAUAGGUACUGCCUGUUUCUGCCGGUAAGUGACGACGGUGGUGGUCAGGGGGAAUCUGUGAAGGUGAUGGUGGCCGUCCCUACCAGUGCAGUUGACAAAUACGAGUUGUUAGUCAACAGUCCUUUCUCGUGAGGUGAGAGAUUGGGCCAUUACAUAGCAGGAUUCUCUGCUUUGCAUCUUACUCUCGUUGACUUUGCCGCGCAUUAUCUGUAGUAUUCUGGACUCUCGAGUAUUGAA